AAAAACGCUAUUGGCUGCUCCUGGCCGACUUCAUCCCGCUGGAACAACACUUCACCGACUCCGAUCUGAGAUGCAUCGCACUGGAUGAAAAAGUGCCGCUUGAAGUCAGCAUGUACCAAAACUGGCGCAGUUGCAACGGGUAAGCAUCUCUAAUGGCCAAUUCCAGACCUUGACACUACGGUGAUGCGGUUGCUCCAGGCGCUUUUACUCGAUGACUCCGAACGCUAGCAUCUUGUCGACCUCGUCCUCGACCACCUUCUGCUUCGCGGAGACAUCGGAUAGGGUCGAUCCUUGAACACUUUGGCUCGUUCAAUCAGCUCAAUCAUGUGCUUCUACAGACUGGUGCUCUUGUUCAUCGACCUUGGAAAACGUCCAGAACUCGGGAUCGACUUUCUCCUCGUCGUCAUCCUCGACCUCGGCGUAGUGCUUCAUCUCCCUAGCGUGUAUUUCUUCGGCCUUCUUCACGCUUUCGGGAGCGAUGUGGCCUAUUAUUGCUGGAACCAGUCCGAACGCUUGCUAAAAAUCCACUCCAAAAUAAGCUGGCUGCUCCAGAUGCCGUUCGGACUGCGGAUAGGUACUUCUCAACGCGCACAUUUAAUACCUCUACCAGCUCUCUGCCACCUUUACCAAGCAGACUAACACUCGCAGUCACGGAACCCGUGAUCCAGGAACUCCUACAGGAAGAGAAAAUCCUCCACCGAGUUCCGUUGAUCCUCACCGUCGAAGAAUACUCCCCACUGCUCAAUUCGCCAUUGCUGGUUGGCGGCUACCGGCGCAAAAUUGGCAUACAGGCGCGGCUUCUCGCGGAAAUCUAAAGCCCUGCGGUCCUCAACGUAGAGAAACCGAAGGGAAAACCCUUCGACCGAAGCAGUCGCGGUGGUCGAACAGCACGUAACGACGUCACGGGUCACGACCACACAUUUUAGUUUAAAACCGAAAUGAUAUAUGAAAACACAAAUACUAAGAAAACGCAAGGAUCUGCACAAAAUCGCUAGCGGCGAAAACCAGCGCGAGUCCGCACGGAGCAA